UCCAAAAUUUAAACAUUGCAAUAUUGACGACAAGUUGCUCUCCGACGCAACAAUGGAUCCUACGCCUGCUGAGUUAGGUCGACAGAAGCGCUCUCAUAGUGAAUCUGCAGCUCCAAGAAGAUCCAUAUUCCGAGAUCUACUUACUCCAACAGACAGUGAAACCAGGUACCGUCUGAGAGAUCUCCUUUCGUCAGAUAAAGGUGAAGACAAGGAAAGGGUGCGUGUUGAGCACUAUGUCCAUGACAAGUCAUUUAAAGAAAGAGUUAAAUUCUAUUUUGUAACUAAUCAAAGAUCUAGUAUAAGAUGGCAAAUACUUCGCUUCACUCUAAAGAUAGUGUCAUGUGUAUUGUAUGUGAUCCGGAGCGUCUAUGAUGUAGACCCAAAGCGUGCUGGCGGUUCUGGUUGUCCAGAUAAUAGAACUGCCAACCCUGAGUGGGCUUGUCCUGUAUAUCCUGGAGAGAAAUAUUGGUGGUCAUUGCUGUGGGUUGACAGACCACCUUUGAUAUGGAUUUUACAGACAAUCAUUGCAGUUUACAGUAUGCUGGAAGCCAUCUUACUAAGUUACUUAACCUUCAAGGGAGGUUCAGUCAUUGGUCAAAUUGUAAAUAGUCACCUUAUUGCAGAGGUUUUGUUAGGAAUGCCUUUCUUAAUAUCUGUAAGUAUUAUCAAUGUAUGUUUCAUGGCUGUCAAAAAUUUUACGUUUGAAGUUUUUGUCCAUCUUUCAGAAAAAUUUGAAGUUAUUCUGCCCAAAUUUGAACUAUUUUCAUACUUACGUAUGAUGCACGAUCCUUCAAUGGAAAGGCUUGCUGAUGAGUUGGAGCAGCUGGCCUUCUUGCUAGUCUCUCGUCAGAAAGAGGGUGGUACAUUUAAUCGCAUGCUGGCUGGUUCUGAAAAACAUGUGGUAUUAUGUGCAACAAUACUACGGCCAACUAUGCUUAUUGACUUCUUGAAUGAGUUUUAUGCUGAUGCCAGCUUACAGGAUUCCCAUGUGGUUUUACUCUGUCCAUCAGAGCUCGACAGCACACUUAGAAUCCUUUUACAAGUGCCGCUAUGGUCCCAGAGAGUCACUUACUUAAAAGGAUCUGCACUCAUUGAUGAAGACCUUAUAAGAGCCAGGGUUGAAGAUGCUGGUGGAUGCUUCAUCCUCACUGACAGAUAUGCAGUUGACAGGGAGGCUGCUGACAAGCACACCAUUUUGAGGACAUGGGCUAUUCAGGACUUUGCUCCACAUACUCCAUUGUAUGUACAGAUCCUCAAGCCAGAGAACAAGUUUCAUGUCAGCUUUGCAGAGCAUGUUGUCUGUGAAGAUGAAGUCAAACAUGCACUCUUAGCUAGUAAUUGUGUUUGCCCAGGAAUUUCCACAUUUUUCACUCUGCUUCUUCACACCCUUCAUGAACAGAGUGGAUCAGAAGAUUGGCAUGAAAUAUAUGGUAAAUGUGCAGGAAAUGAAAUUUAUGACAUCCGCCUGGAGGACAGUAAGAUCUUCAAACCAUAUGCACAGAAGUCAUUUACACAUGCUGCUUUUCAUGCACACAAGAAGUAUGGUGUGACGCUCUUUGCAGUUCAUUCAAGUGGAAAAGGCUCCCGCAUUCUGUUAAACCCAGGCCCAACCCAUACCAUGAGUAAGGAGGAUCGGUGUUUCUAUAUCGCCAUCUCCAGUGAAGAAGACACCGCAUUUAAAGCCUACAAAGAGCCCAAAAACUCAGUUGGUUUAUUUAAAGGAAGUUUUCGGCACAAAAAUUACUCAUUUAUCACAGCAAGCUCUGUGGCUCUUGAGCUUAAUACAGACUCGUUUGAAGCAGUAGGACUUAAGUAUCUUGAUGAGGCUCCAGUUAAUGGUGUUGGACAUACCAGCUCUGGCGAUCAAGUGACGUCCUCAGCAUCAGUUAAACUAGAGGAGGGAACUUCUCCCACUAAGCCAUCACGAGGAAUCAAAGAAGUUGUUUUUGAUAUAGCAGACUCAAGACGAUCAUCAAAUUCUGAGUAUGUAUUCAAUGAAACAGAUUCCGAGGAUGAAGGACGCGAAGAACAGGAAUUUAGUUUGCUGGAUGACACCAGUAGGAUACCCAGUUAUGUGGCUGGAGUUCCUCCUUGUUCUUUGUAUAUUGGUCGCACUCCUAUAAGAUGUCAUCUUUUGAAAACUCCUAAAAAAGCCUGCUGUUUAGGGCUCAGAAAUGAGGCCUGCUUAGACCGUGAUCUUAAUGACAGUGCCAGAUUACAUCAGAGACAAAAGGGAGCUAUCAUUGUUGCGUCACCUGUAGCUGAGGCUGGAUUGUACAACUUUAUUUUGCCCCUUAGAGCUUAUCAGCGGCCAAAGUGCACCCUGAAACCCAUUGUGCUUCUCCUGAAAGAAGAGCCCAGUGAAGACUUCUUGAUGGCUGUUUGUCACUUUCCCAUGCUCUAUUAUAUUCUAGGAAAUAUAAAUAGUUUGGACGACCUUCUCAAGGCUGGUUGUCUUCAUGCAGACAGUAUAGUAGUAGUAGGGCAUCGAUCUGAUGGUCAGAUGUAUGAUGAGGAGCACAUGGCAGACGCUAGUACCAUUGUAGAAGUACAGAGCAUUUACAGAUGUUUUCCAAGAGCGACCCUGAUUGUGGAGCUGACACAUGCAUCCAACAUGCGAUUUAUGAAGUUUAAUGCCGAUGUAACUCUACCCUAUGGAUUACAAAGUGAAUCACAGGGUAGUUUUAAAAGGCAGAGCUUUAGAGAGAGUGUCAAGGUACUUGAAUUAAUAUGUAAUAGGUCACCCUCCCUUUUUUUUCGUUGCACCCUUGAUUGUAUCACCAUGACGUGCUUAAUCUUAAACCUGCUUGUAUUUUCAUUGUAGGCAUUUGUGAAGGAUUACAUGAUAUACCUGGUCAGACUUCUGUUAGGCUGUGAACAAUCACCUGGAUCAGGAUAUCUCUCUUCACUGAAAAUCACUGAAGAUAACAUUUGGAUUGAAACAUAUGGAAGGCUUUUCCAGCGACUUUGCUCGACAACGUUUGCCAUUCCUAUUGGUCUCUAUCGAUCACAUAUUCAAGAGGAGGAGAGUAUUGAUGCCUUCCCAAGGAUGAGAAAAAAGGAGACAAGGGACAUCUCAGACAUCAUCGAAAACAGGAUGAAAGUUUUGAACAUUACUGGAACUCCCGAUAUGACUCAGAGGUCGGGUAAUUCCUACGUGGUGGUCAACCCUAAUCCCGAGUUUCGAUUACAAAUCGGUGACAUCAUUUACUUGAUUCGUCCAUGCAACACAAGCAUGUCAGAUGCAGAGGAGGAACCAACCGAUCCAGAUAGGGCGGACGACAUUCCAAGUACUUCUCUGUGAGUGGAAUGGCAGCUCGCAAUGAGGAGAAAUAAGAGCAGACGCAAGUAGGGAGAAGUGACGAUGUUCCUACUGAACGAGACAUCUCUUUGUGCGUCACUGACGUAGGUCUUGUGGAGGAAUUCGUCCGUCAGUGACGUUGAUAACAGUGACAGAGCUGUAGUAUACUUAGAACAUUUAGCCUGUCUAGAGAUCUUGCUAGACUGGUGCCAGUUUUACACAGUCCACUGGACUGAGAACAAUGAAAUAGGCUUUAGAAAAAGAAAGGUGUGAGUACGAUUUCGAGAGAUCUGUAAACAGAUCCAAAGCAUUCGUUGAUACGGCCUUUAUCCAUUUGCAAUCCUAUAGUAAAUUGAAACAUGUUGAACUUACCGGUAAGUUUUUGUAAUUGUAAUUUAUUGAUCAAAUCUUGCUAACUCAGUAUAAAUAUUACAAAAUUCUAACUUAGAAAUAGUUGGCUUUAUUCUAACUUAGAAAUAGUUGGCUUCAUUUGCCAGGUGUCCUUUUACUGAAGUUGUUGUCCAACUUACGGUCUAGUAGAUGUCCUCAAUAGUGACUUAACUGAACGCGUGAAGCAGCUACCUUAUACAAUACAUUUACUAUUUGGUUAUGAUCGUUAGAUAUUUUUCAUUCGUAAAAAUAGUCACUCUCAUGUGUUCAAAAUUUAGAACACCUUUGAUAUUGGAUGAUUUUUGUCCGUGAUCAGCCAAAGUCAAUAUGUUUGUGUUGAAGAAGUCAAAGAAGACUGAACAUACGAAUCCAGAGUGUGUGUGAUGACGUAUAUAUAUUUUCAGCAUUCCCAUUAGCUGGAAAUUGGAAAAAUUAUUGCACUUUUUCGUGCUUAUUUAUUUCAAGUUAAUAUAGAAAUAAUUAGUUAACACAUUCGUAUUUAUUAACGUUAAGGAGCAUUUUCAGAAACAAGAGGAUAACUAACUGGAAUAUAGUAGUGUAUUCGUGCAAGUUAGCCGCAAAAAAAAAAAAUUCUUUAGAGGUGCUAUCAGGCAAAACUAGUUUCCAAACGGCUUUUGUUCAGACGUUAUUUGAAAAAAAAAUUUAACUCAUUAAAGUAAUGAAUUGUAAACAUUAAACACGAAGGCGCGCUAGGCUCAUUUGUUACUCACCGUUGACGUGUGCGGGUCAAAUUUAAAUGCUGGUAGAUGAA